GAGUGCUCUUGUUGGGAGAUAGGGAAUGCCCGUUAGUUGCGUCUGCCGAUAAUAGCACAUCAGCCAGUGCACUCCUAUUGGGAGAGCAGAGCACAGGCAGAGCAGAGGGGCUGAGCUGCUGAGCAAAGAAUGGUACACUAGAGUAGACGGGCACACUCGGAAAGAGAAAGAGCGAUACUGGCACAAUCAGAAAGAAACAGAGAGUGAGAUAGACCCAGGGAAGAGCAUCAGCACACAUAGACAAGAGGACUGAACAGGCACGGGGCAGUGGAAAGAGGAGAGGAGGGACAGGGGGAGUCAAAGUUACCAGGUCAGCAAGAGAACGUGGAAGUGGAGCAGCUGAGACUCUCGGGGGUUUCACUCCCACCGCAGCAGCCGGGCGCAGCAUUAAGACGCGCAGGAGGAGAGUGAUAUUACAGGAGAGGAUAGAACAAGUGCUUUAACUUCUUCACAGAAAGACAGUCCUGUCAUAAGGCGAGGGUAAUGCUCCUCACGGGAACCUUCUGCACUUCUACUUUAGGAUUAUCACAGCAAGAGAGCUUCACCAAGCAGAGGACACUUAAACCUGCCAGAGGUGCCUGAGCAGUUCAGCUCUACACAGGAGACCUUUUCAUCCAUCCGGGGUUUCAGGUGGAUGUAGUGUUGCUGUGUGGAUUUUAUCCUUUAUUGCUUCAGAAGGUGAAGCAGUGAAGAUUUGGAGGGCAAGUUGUUCUGUCCUGUCAUCUCUGAGACUAUGGUAGACUGUGUGUCAGAGAGCCCCUCAUCAGCAGCUGCAGCCCUAGAGUAUGGAGAAGUCCAGCAGUGAGGAGUCAGCCAUUCACCGUAGCCCUUCCGUAGACAGCCGCGAAUCCGAUUUUGCUCAAGCCUCCACGUCUGGCCGCCCUUUCGGUGGCCGCGGCUUCACUGCCGGCGCUUUCUACGGCUCCACGGGGCCACGCAAAAACACGCAGCAGGGGCAGACCGGAGCUGCGGCUGACGCCAGCGCGGGAGACAAGACUAACAACAAGUACAGCUCACCCAAAGGCAGCAAAUACAUAGUCUUUUACCUGGAUCUAUCCUUUGUGUUCCUUUUAGAAUUUAAGAAGUGCAACAUGGCAAGAGGCUGCCUCUGCUGCUUGAAGUAUAUGAUGUUCAUCUUCAAUCUCAUCUUCUGGUUAUGUGGCUGCGGGCUGCUCGGUGUGGGCAUCUGGCUCUCGGUGUCUCAGGGCAGCUUCGCCACCUUCUCACCCUCAUUCCCUUCACUGUCAGCUGCCAAUAUGGUCAUUGCCAUCGGCGCCAUCGUCAUGGUAACAGGCUUUCUCGGUUGCCUGGGUGCCAUCAAGGAGAACAAGUGCCUGCUUCUGAGCUUCUUCAUUGUCCUGCUGAUAAUUCUCCUGGCGGAGGUGAUUUUGCUCAUCCUGUUCUUUGUGUACACAGAUAAGGUGCGUGAGAAUGCCAAACAGGAUCUCAAGGAUGGGCUGGCUCUGUACAACUCAGAAAACAACAUAGGCCUGCGAAAUGCCUGGAACAUCAUCCAGGCAGAGUGGAAAUGCUGUGGAGUGAUAGGAUACACCGACUGGCACGAGGCCCUGAAGGACAAAGUAGUUCCUGAUCGCUGCUGCCAGGAGCAUUACCAGAACUGUGGGCGGAACUCCACCAACAUGUUCUGGAACAGGGGCUGCUUUGAGAAAGUGGAGGAAUGGCUGGAUGACAAUAAGUAUCUGCUGGGAACCAUAGGCAUGGUCAUCUUGGUAGUGGAGCUCCUGGGCAUGGCGUUCUCCAUGACAUUGUUCCACCACAUUCACAGAACGGGAAAGAAGUAUGACGCUUAGCCUUGGGACAAAGCACCGAAUGGAGAGGAGCCCCAGUGCUCGAUGGGAUAAAGACUCUGAUUCAAACAUACAUCCAUGCUUUCCCUCUUUAGAGCAUCCUUUUCCCCCUUCUCAGAUCGUCUGUACAGAUUCCAGCUGCUCUGUCCUGCUGUCUCCUCUCACCAUUCAUUUUGCCAAAGAGUAACACAACUGGAAGAGAAGAGGCACCUACUUUUGGCAAGGAAGAGAAUCCCAUAUGUUGUCCCUUCUCUUGAGUACACUUGUUUUUUGGCUUUUUCUGUUCUUCUUUGGCUUGAACUAACCAAUUGCUGGAGGGAAGGACAGACUUUGAGACAAUGAAGACUUUACAAAUGCCCAAACAGCCCCCACAGGGCGAAAAAACCCACGAAACUGACAAAACCCUCUACGUCAUGUGGAGGUUUUUUUUUCUUCAUGCUUAUUAAAUUCUAGCCCUGUUUUUUUUCCCCUUGUAAAUGAAAAAGAUCCAACAUGGCAUGCUAGUUUUCUACUUCACUGAUUUAUCAAUGAAAUGACCGUUGUUAUUAUUUUUAUUUUAAACGUAUUGUUUUCUUGUUGGAUUUGCUUUUGUAAGUAUAUCAUCCUGUGGAAUGUAAGUGUCGAACAGAUCGGUGCAAUGUGUGUGUGGGUAUGUGUGUGGGAUUGGUUUUGAGGUAACAUUGCUGCAGACGGGCAAAGGCAUGUGAGGAUGCAGAGGUUUAGGUGAAACGAGCUUCACGGAGGAGCAAUCGCGUAAGCACGAGGAGUCAUCGGUUGAUUCAUUUUACGCCAAACAUUUGUCUGCGAACAAACUCGCACACAUGCAUUUUGUGCUGCCGCGCAGCAGCAUCCUCGUUCCCUGUUAGACAAUAUAAAUGAUGUAAAAUGCCUGUUUAUUAGGGCUCCAGCAGCACUGUCAGCUGUAGAGAUCUAGGUGAUAAAGUCCCCCCUUUGAGAAAGCAGACUGGGUUGUGUACGCGCGUGCAUUUUAUCACACAGUUCAAGCUGCAGAGGAGAAAAAAACCCACUGAGAAACACUUAGAAUCAAGGGCAGGAUGGAGCAAAAACUGAGCAGACACGCUGUCUCGUUUCGGCUAUCAAUAGCAUUAACAGAGCCUUUCUAUACUGAAGAUCUCAUCCAUUCACGCCGCCCUCCUCGUGCUUUCUCUCGGCGGCUUGCAACUCAACCCUGCCUCUAUCUUUUCUUUUUCACUUUAAUUUUCUUUCUUCGUGUCAGGCAGCGAUGAGUUUCAUGCUCCAUCCAGUGCUUCUGCUGACAUUCCUGCUCAUCGCACGUUUACACCUCCGGUUUGCACCCCCCUUCAAUUUUACGUAGGCUUCAUUUUCUCGCAGCAACCAGAGGUGGGGCGAGAUGGGAGUGCGAGAGUGUUGCCAGAUCAAAGCUCAGACUGAUAUGUAUGGCAACAUGCCCUGUAGGACACAUCAGUUUAUGUCUGUUUACAGCUACAUUCACUGCAGGAGGCCAGAGUGCCAACCUUCCUCCCGGAGACUGAAAAUAUUCCAUCUGCCGUGGCGUCUUCAAAAAAUGCCCUCUGGUGUGUCUGCUCUCGGCUUCAAAAUCUCCAAAGAAACGGUGGAGUAAAGACCUCGCUUACUGUCAAAGGAUCACUGUGGCUUUUGGAAUCAUAAGGUUGUAUUCAGUUGUGACACAGUGCUUUCCAAAGCAAGUGCAAUUAGAGAUGUGGGAAGAUUUUAAUCAAGAACAAAGAAACAGCGGUAAAUAAGCCGGCCGAUAAUUACAAAACAUUUGUAACAGAAUGUUAGCAGAUUGUUUUUGCACAAAGGUUUUUACUACAGAGGGAAGAUUUUAAAGAAAUUGUCUAUUUAAGCUGAUAUUUUACCACAGUUGCGUCUUUACCAUCUUUAUUUUGAAUUUCUGUUACUGAAGUUUUGACCUGUAUUGUCAUGUUUGCCCUGUUUCUCUUCAUCUCAUCCAUUCAAGUCGAUCCAGUUUGUAGAUUCCUGCAAGUUUGUUGGACUUCAAUUCAGCAGCAACUCUUUCAGAACACAGUAAAAGCUCGUAUAACCUUGGAAUUGUGGAAUCUUUAUGAUGCAGAGUACUGUACAUGCACGAGUUUAGGAUUGUGUUUUACCAGAGGCACCUAGUUAAGUCAAGUCUCCCAUUUAUAGCCUACAUCGCCUGCUCAUGUGUAACCAGGAGAGCUGAGCUUGGCUACCAGGGAAGCUGCCAAUUAAACCUUUACAAAUGGUUGCGUUCUAAAUUGUUUCCUACAUUAUAGCUGCAAUUAAAUUGAUUGCUUUGAAUGAUGCAUCAAUGAAGUGCUGUUCAUUCCUGCUACCUGAACUAACAAAGAAAAUAAGCCACUCAUUUACUCACGUGCCCCCUUGAUGUGAGAUGCUUCAGUUGACUAAUGCUCCUGAAGUCAUUGUUGGCAAAAAUUAGUCUGAUGAUUUCUUCAUUUAAAGGAUAGUUUUAGGAAGAGAAAGGCAACAGGAAGCAACAAAUUUGUGCUGUUUUGUGCAGUGACCCUGCUGGCUGUGAUACACUGUCUGCCCCCAUAUGCUCCAACUCUUCCUGUUGUGUCCAUGGGGGAAACAUGACAGCUGCUGAUGUACAGCGCAGGCACGAGCGAUCACGUUUCCUCUGCUCGGCUGCCUCCACAAACUCAACACAUCCCUUACUCACUGCCUCGCUCUGCAGACACCUGGCGCUAUACGGUAACUGGCGAUGUGGUUUGGACACCUUAAAGCACUCGUAAGGUACCCGAGACGGGUCAGCGGAGGAAUAGCUCAAACCAAUUUGGCAAAUGAGGCUGUGCUGUAUCCUUACUGCAACAAAAGAAGGUUCAAAGGAAACCCAAGAUAGCCACACAUAUGCAGAAUAGUGGGAAUAAAGCAAAUCCGUUGGGAGGUCAGAGCCUCAGCCUGCAGACGCUGUUUGCUCUCAGCUGAUCUGACCGGGGCGACAUUUUCUUCUCUGUGUAAAAUCCUUACCCCGUUUUCCAUGAUUACAUGAUUAUGUCAGAGUAAAUGUUACAUUGUGUUUGUAAUAUGCUGGGUUGAAUGCCAUUUUAACAAGGGGGGCUGUUUAAUUAUGUUUUGUACACUUUUCUGCUGUUUAAAUGUUUGUUUUUAUACAAUAUGCUGUUGAUUUUCUUGUUGUAGGUUCUGUUUUUAUUGGCUUUCCCCCCGUUUGUAGUUCACUUUGAGUACAUGACAUCAUUAAGCAUUUUUCCCUAGAGGAUUAGUCUUUGCAGUGUUCCUCUACAACAUGCAAAAAUGCCUUUUCUGUGUUUCAGCGAUGCAGGCGGUUAGAGCAAUUAACGUAGAACAAAUAGAAGGAAAAUCUGGCAAAGCCCACAAAAGACAUACUGCGCUUUUGUCGUUGUGCUUCUUUGUAUUAGGAUCAAAUUAAAUUGAAUUAGGACGCGCAGGUAUAAUCUGCAGUAUCUCUGCAAACUGCCAGUGCAGGACCCGUUCUGUACUCUUAGAGCAUGAACUGUUAGACGACCGUACAACAGAGUUCAUCUCGCUCCAGUGUAUCAGCUCGCCGUGUAAAUAUGCCCAUUUUACAAGUGAUGUAACUUACUGUUAUACCUCUGCCACUUCGCCUAACAUUCACAUCAACAGGCUGCUUUUCUGACAGCCCGUCAGCCCUUUUUAUGCUCAUUUACCUACACUCGUACUGUACGUUAUCCACUUUUUUAUGUCUGCCAGAUUUCCUGCCUCUGUUUUCGCUUCGAGCACGAGAGCGGUGUAAAUGUUCAGUAAAUUUGUGUUUCUGUCAGUACAGUCCUCAUAUGUUUUUGACUGCAUUUUCAUCUUUUAGUAAAACAUGAUUUCUUUUUUUUUUUAAUUGAUUUUUUUUUUUUGAAGGAGUAUAAAAUAUUCCGUCUCAUCCAAGGAAGCACUCCCAGUAAGCCACGGAAAUGGUGAAGGAAGGAUGCACAUGCAGUAAUUGGGUUUCGUCUGCUGUGAAAAAUUCUGAACAUAAAAACUGUUUUUUGUUGUUGUUCCUUUCCUUUUGUGCGUGCGUGUGUGUGUGUGUGUGUGUGUGAGAAUCAUUUUUUGCCACCUUCGACAUAUUAUUUCUGUAAUCUGCUCCUAAUCCUUCCCCUGUGCUGAAGCUGAAUAUGUGAGCAGUGGAAAUGUAUGCUCUAGAAAUGGUGUGUUUGAUGUUGUGUUCUGCUGGGUGGCACUAUCUGAUACCUGCCAGCCUUGUCCUGUGGAGUUUUCUGCUACACGUGAAAGCACUCUGAAUAUCUAUACUAGCUGGUGCACUACUCGCUAAAUCAACUAUUUUUUAAAUAAAGGAAAGAGUGUCAGAAAAAGCUCUCGAUACAGUACGCUUAUUGCCUUUCUUGUCUAAUGACUUGAUGCUUCGGAUUCCCUUUUUAUGUUGCCGUCAAUUAGAUUUGAUUCAGAAUUUGUUUGUGGGGUUUGGGGUGCAGUUGAAGACUCGGCGGCAUCAGCAGAUCCCGUGAUACAUGAUGCAUUCUGUGUAUACAAUCCCUGUCUGAAAAUGGGCUCUUUUAAAAAAGAAAAAGCAUAACAAAACCUGUGGGACUGAUGUCCUAAAGAUGCUGAGAUGAGCUAAUGGUGGUGAGCCAGUCAAGAAGAGGUUUUUUUCUAAAGAACAAAGUGAAGAUGAUGAAAGUGGGAACCAUUGCCAAUUUGUCUCACGCUUCAACAGCGCGGAGUGAAAAGCUCAGUAUUUGUGUGCAGCUUGAUCCCCUCCUUUUAACCUAAUUGUUAUCGGGCCUGUGUGCGAUAGUGAGUGGAGUUUAUUGUGCCAUUCCACCCAGGCUUUUUUGUUUUUCCAUCACUGUUCCUUCUAUGCAAAAAAAAUAAUAAUUAUGACCUAUUUUAGCCUUUGUACAGAUUAUUUUGUAUGAAUAACGUACUGAAAUAAAGUGAAAAGAAUCAA